AUGCCAUCCUCAAAACCCGAGAGACAACGUACUAGGACAUUGACAGGAUGCCAGACCUGCCGCGAACGCAAGUUGAAAUGCGAUGACACUCGACCAGCUUGUAGAAGAUGCCUAACAUUGGGUGUCGAGUGUCAAGGUUAUGGAGUCAAGUUAUCAUGGCUCAUCUUCGAGCCUAGCCGUGGAGGCAUAAAGGAGGCAAAUGCUGCGUCAAAGCGAGGCAAUGAGUCGCCCAGAGGCAGGCCGAAGGGCUCAUUCGAGCCUUCCAUUGCAGGGAAUCGUCGGCCUCUAUUUACAGACCGCGAGAAAGCAGAUAUGAUUUACGAGAUCCAGAGGGACUUUCUAGCCGGCGAUCAGGACUCCAACAUCGAUCGCGCUAUCGACAACCUUGACGCAUUAGCUGAAGAUCUCGACGGUCACUCACGACCUGGCAGAGGUUUUGGUCCAUUUGGCGUCUUCGGUCUUGACAUCCAUACUCAACCGGACGUGAUCGACGACGGUCUCUUCGAUACACCAGGAGCGGAUGUGAGAUCCUCAGGCGGCGAAGAAGACCAUCCUACACCCGAGCUUGUGCGAGGUGGAAUGUUUCCGCUCGACAGUGGCCCUGCUGUUGAUCUUGACGAGGCUGCGUUGCCUUGGCUCAUCGGUGUAGAUGAGAUCACGCUGCCAUGGCUCGAUGAGAUCGAUAACAAUACUGCCCCGACACUGGCAGAUCAGUUUCCCGCCCCAGUUCCGGCGAUUUCAGCCCAGUUUAUACCUGGCUUUUUCGAUCAUCGGCACUAUGCACUCGCCAACAUAAACCACGCUCCUGCUGCUAUGCUUGGUUUCAUCUCGCCAUCCUAUGGCAGACAGACACCACCUGCUGCUCGUGGAAGGGUGGAAGACAUGUUUGCAUCUGGAAUCCCUGAGCAGCCACAUUGGGCAGGACACUCGAGCAUGAGCCGUAUUCCCAGGUCACUGUCGAAUAUGGAGAACAUCUCGCGCAUUCCAUCCGAGGCUCGCUUUCUGCUGGAAUACUAUUCCACUGACGUGGUGGACUUUAUGUGCCAUUUACCGAACCCUCAAUCACCGUGGCGGACUAUCCACUUUCCUGGCGCCAUGAGUACUAUGGCAGACCUAUUGGUCUUUGGAAGCACCAACAAUGCUCGAAUGGCGCUUUUCUAUGCUCUACUCUCCAUUUCAGCCAAUCAUCUGGGCUCCAAGAUUCCUUGGUCAGCACAACUGGAGAGACGAUCUCAAGAUGCAGCUAGGGACUCCGGAUCCAAUGACUCGAGAGAAAUGUCCAACUAUUGGUUGACAAAGGGCGCCUCAUUUGAAGAUAUGGCUACGGCGCAGAUACAGAGCUGCCUGGAUCUGAGCGAGGAUCACGAAGUCUACCGCGAGCUUCUGGUGAGUUUGCUGAGCAUGGUUACAAUAAGUGUGACAAGCGGAAAGCUGGAUCGCGCUCAUCUCUACCUUCGACGGGCCAACAAGCUGAUUGAGAUGUUCGUUGCCCGAUCACAAGGUUCAUCUUUCAAAUCCAGCAAGAUAGCCGCAUUGCACCAGAUUUAUUCCUAUCUGCAAAUCAUCUACAGCAGUACACAUGUCUCCAAAACGUUGAACAGGUCAGGGUUGGAACAUCGGGACAUAGUAUGGCCCGCCAAUGAGGGAGCAACUUCUGUCGAAGUGUUGACUGCCACCGUUACUGGUCCGCUGUCACUGCCGACCCUUGAGAACAAUCUCGAUUCACUUGCGCAGCACAGGGAUGACUACCAGCUCUUCGCCAAAAUAUAUGGUGUACCGCGAUCUCUUCUGACGCUCAUAUCCCGGGCUUCUGCACUAGCCCAGAAGCUGGAAGACGAGGAAGGGACACCAGACAGCAGUUCUCCGAGCAACUACAAUUUUCGAAACCGGUGCGAGCUCCUGGAAGACCAGAUCUGCAAUUGGCAUCCUAUGGAUGACGAGGUUUCUCCCAUGCCAGCAUCGACCACCUAUGAUCCCGAGGUCGGCUCGCACCUAGUCCAAGCAAUGCACGACGCUCUCAUCGUUAUGUUCUUCCGCAGAGUCAGACCAGUCAAUCGCAUGGUCCUUCAACACUAUGUUGAGAGUGCAGCGGAUCAUCUGAACGAACAAGAAGAUGUCAAGAGUCGAACUGGUGUAAAGCAGCCCGCACUUCUGUGGCCAUGGUUCAUGGUCGCCUCAGAAGCAAUCAGAGAGCCUAUCCGGGACAAGCUGCGCCUGUGGUCGAAUGUUGCAAGGCAAUAUGGCGGACGAAACCUCGAGAUAGCCGAACAGGUAGUGACUGAGGUCUGGCGAAGACAGGACUUGCGGCUACCGGGCUCUGCCUGGUGGGACGUGGUUCGUGAUUGGGAUGUCACGCUUGUCCUGACCUGA